CCAAAACAAAUGAUUUAAUUCAGUGCCAUGGACCGUUUUUAAAGAUGAAUGAUUUUUAAAAUAUUACGGGUAUUUUAGGCGUAUUUGCUGUACGCGAAAUUUGCUGAAUCACGGCAAGUCAGAGGUAAGCGAAUUUCAUACUCUUGACGUGAAAGAGAGUUCUCGUUCUACUUUGUCUGUUCCUGGAAAUGCAAUCGGGCGCUCAAUAAGAAAGUGUAACUUUUCAGAUUGUAAGCAAGCCGAGGUGGAUGUCAUGAUAGUUUUGGAUAGUUCACAAAGUAUGGACGAGGUUUUUCAAGAGCAGAAAAAACUGCUGCUGGAGCUGGCCAAGACAAUGCCCAUUUCUGCAGAAGCAACGAGGGUGUGUUUGAUCCAGUACAGCAAGACGCCUAUCCUCGUUUACCCGUUCACCGCCACUCAAAACAAUUCGGCGUUCUACAAAGUGGUCAGCGGUCUCUCUGACCUUGGCGGCGAAACGAAUACCGCUGAAGCGAUCAAAUUUGGCCUACGGGAGCUAAAGAACAGCGGUCGCAGUAGAGUCGAGGAAGUGUUCGUACUCAUCAGUGACGGUAACUCGUUCAACAGCUGGAAGACCGUGCUUUCAACGGCAAAGGAACUGCAUGAGUCUGGUGCAAAGAUUCUAAUCCUAGGUCUAGGCAGGCAUAUUUAUAUGCCAGAAUUGAAGGUAUACACUGGCAAAACAGGGCAUCUCUUCUCGAAGGAAAGCGCUGCCAAGUUCGAGGGUUUGAUGAGGGACUUGGUGGGAGAAAUUUGCGGCGGCACGUCAGGGACGAUACCAAUCGUGAUAGAACCUCCUACGAAGCCGGCCCCUGCAGUUCGUCUCACCACCGUCGCUGGAAAAGCAACCCAACCGCCUCCCAAGGUUACUCCUGGAACCAUGAGACCUCAGCAUACGACAGCUAAGGUGUCAACAACAAGGAAAAGCGAAGUGCUUACGCCUAGAAAGCCAGAAGCUGCCCGCGGAGCCCAAGCCGACAACUCGAAGACCAGGGGUUGUGACCAUGUCACGCAUCCAUACAGUACCUCAUGGCUUGCCUACGACCUCAACAAUGGCGCAUCCCGCUAG